GAUACACCUCCGAGCUCCCGGAGCGCGCUUUGCGCCCAGGGCUGGGCAGCAGGUGCUUUUGCCGCGCAGACUCCCCGGCCGCGGGGACCGGCUUGGGCUCGGCCGGCUCCGGCGGGUGGGGACGCGGUGCGCGUUGCUCACUGGCCACACUGGCCGCCUGGUGCUCCGCGAGGGGCGUGUGCCAGAGCCGCGCACCCGCGGGCUCCAUGUUCACCGAGCUGAGGUCAAAGCUGAGCCCCCCGCGAGCUCGCGCCGGGGCUGUGCGUACAGGCUUCGGGGAGCGCCCGGAUGUGGACGGUGAGCUGGGAUGGACCCAGGCACAGGAAUACCCCUCUGCCCAUUUCAGCUUCUGCCAGAACCUCCUAGAGCACACAGUAUCAGCUGAGAACAUACCCUGCCACCUGCCUCGGACACCAGGCACCAGCCUCACAUGGCAUGACUCCCGCAGCCAGAGGGCAUCCAGCAGCAGGCCAAUCAAGCUCCUUCAACAGCCGGGCUCAGAGGCCCCCCAGGCCCGGCUAUACUCUGAUCACUAUGGCUUAUACCAUACAAGCCCUUCCCUGGGUGGCCUGACAAGGCCGGUGGUCUUGUGGAGCCAGCAAGAUGUUUGCAAGUGGCUCAAGAAGCAUUGUCCUCACAACUACCUCGUCUAUGUCGAGGCCUUCUCCCAGCAUGCCAUCACUGGCCGGGCUCUGCUUCGGCUGAAUGCAGAUAAGCUCCAGAGAAUGGGGUUGACCCAAGAGGCUCAGAGGCAGGAGGUGCUACAGCAGGUGCUCCACCUGCAGGUUCGUGAGGAGGGGCGGAGCCUCCAGCUGCUCAGCCAAGCUUCCUUCGGAAACAUGUCCUAGCUGCUGCCUAUACUUGGACCCCAGACCCCAACACUGUGACCAGAGCCCACAGCCAAGGAUGAGGCAGAGCUGGCCCUACAGCCCCUUUGGAUCCUGCAGGAUACCCGAGUGGCUAAACCUAGUCCAGUGAACAGGGAGGGAUAGGAUGCCACCUCCAGGUGCCUCUAAAGAGGCACUGCAGGUUCAACCCUGUGGCUGGGAGGGUGGUUGCUGCCUGCUUAUAGACCUUUCUUCUAGGAUCCAAGCCCAGGUGCACCCCGGUGCUGCUGGCAGCAAACAGGGCAGCUGCCUGGGGCUAGAGUGGGGUUUGAAUGUCCCCAGACUCCCAGGGAGUCUGUUUAUUUAUGUUCCCUCCAACAUGUGACCAUCCCCUAUCCGAGUCAUGAGGCUUCUAGUUCUGUGUCUUCCCUAGGCACCUCCAGGUCAGCCACACAGUGGGACAAGCUGUCUUGGCUCUCUUUCAGGUGUAUCCGUCCCCUAGCUCUCCCAGAGUACAGCCGGCCCAACCUGUUGUCACAGUGAUGGUCAUCAGUUCAGCUAGGCAUCAUGUCAUGUGCUUCACUCAGUGGUUAUGAAACUUCUGCCUCCCCUAUCCAGUCAUGAGAACUGAAGUUGAGAGGGGUCCAAGAUGCUCAAGCUGCGAUGCCAGUGUGUGGCACACAGAUUCCAGGCUGUACAGGUGACUCCGUGCACAGCCCACCAGUUCAGCAAUGUUCUCAAUAUUAACUUUGAAGAAGUGUUGCUUUUAAACAUCUUCCCUAUUCUCUGGCUCUUAGAGACCAUCUUGGAAGGGUGUGUGGGUGUCCGUGCUCGAGUGUGUGUGCGUGUGCGCCCUCAAGGUCUAUGGCAUUCCCAUAAAAACCUGUAUUCACACAAGAAAAUUAUGUAGAGUUGUUCCUGCCAUGUGUCACCAGAUACCUGAACAACCCUUCCUUGGGGAUUUGGGGGCUGGUGCUGCCAGGAAGAAGGACAGUGAGGAUGACCCUGGCAGCUCACUUUCACUCUGCCCACUACUAACUUUUCCAGGGACUCUAAAAUCUCAGGGGCAGUUGAGGCUCAGCCUCCAGUUCCCUCUGUGUGCCAGGAGCUGGCCUCGAUUCAAGGUUGCUCAAUACAGUUAAUUUGGGGCACUGGCCUGGUAUCUCCCAUUCUGUAUGCCCUCCAUCCAUGGAGGGGGCCCCCUUAUUGUGUUUGCCUGCCUCUAGAAUCCCCCAGUCCUGUGCCUGCCAACCAGAGGGCCCUCUCUGCCCCCUUUCUCUCACCUUUGUCUUUUCUACCCUGUGUUUCUGUCCUGUCUUCAUUGGUUUUCGGUCACUUUUUUUAUACUCUGAAAAAAAAAAAAAAAAAGAAAACUCAGAAAUAAAUCUGGUUCUCAAAUGCCA